AGUCACCAUAGCAAUGCUUUAUAGGUAACAUUGGAAGGCGUAUCAUGUGCGAUGCUGCGAAUCUGGCAACGGCUCCUUGCCGAGAUUACGCGCUAACUACGCAUAAAAUGCAGACCCCUCGCAAAGCCCAAAGAGCAAGUCCCAGAAGACGGCAAUCCCCUCUCCGCGGAGCGAGGUUCGAACGUCUGAGCCAUUUCUAGUCUAAUACUUGGACACAAUGUCCCUCGCCGCCAAAGUUUCCUGCUCUUUUCUACCAUCGACCAAAUCUCGCGGCGUCUCGCUCCCUCGGCCCUCCUUCAAGCUCAUCUCUCCCCGAAAAUCCCUCUCUCCCAGGGCUUCUCUCAGCGUCGCUCCGUCUCUCGGUAUCUCCGAGACCUUCUCCCGCUUGAGGGAUCAAGGAAAAGUUGCUUUGAUACCUUUCUUGACUGCUGGUGAUCCUGAUUUGUCAACAACUUCAGAAGCUUUGAAAAUCCUUGAUUCUUGUGGCUCAGACUUGAUAGAAUUGGGCAUGCCCUACUCCGACCCUUUAGCAGAUGGACCUGUUAUCCAGGCUGCUGCCACACGUGCCCUAGCAAAAGGAAACAACUUUGAUGCAGUUAUAUCGAUGUUAAAGGAGGUAGUACCUCAACUAUCUUGCCCAAUCGCUCUGUUUACAUAUUACAAUCCGAUACUAAAGCGUGGAGUCAAGGAGUUCAUGUCUACGGUAGAAAAUGUUGGCAUACAUGGACUUGUGGUGCCUGAUGUUCCUUUAGAGGAGACUGAAAUUUUAAGGAAUGAAGCUGUGAAACAUAAUAUCGAGUUAGUGCUGCUCACAACACCCACCACUCCAAUAGAAAGAAUGAAAGCCAUUGUUGAAGCUUCAGAAGGAUUUGUAUAUCUUGUGAGCUCUGUUGGAGUUACGGGUGCCCGUUCAUCUGUAAGUUCACGCGUUCAAUCUCUCCUACAGGAAAUUAAAGAGGCAACAACCAAACCUGUUGCAGUUGGCUUUGGCAUAUCGAAACCAGAGCAUGCGAAGCAGGUAGCGGGAUGGGGAGCAGAUGGUGUGAUUGUUGGCAGCGCAAUGGUGAAGCUUCUUGGUGAGGCCAAAUCACCUGAAGAAGGAUUGAAGGAACUGGAAACCUUCGCAAGGUCAUUGAAGGCUGCAAUCCCUUAACAAAAAUUUCAAAUUUUGGCCUUCUCUCUGCUGUGGCAUGCUAAGUUACCUGAAUGUGCGUGCUCUUGGUCUAGAGUGCUGCAGACAAUGAUGCACAUGAACGGCAUAUUUUGGUGAAGAGAAGGAUCACCUGAGAUAUGAAUUUUCCAUUGUUGUGUUGGAAAACAUUGAUAGUUUCUUUUUUCCAUUGUUAAUAUUUUAUAAACACAAAUAAGGUUGGUCCAGGCGCACAAUGUAAGAAGCUCCUGGACGAGAUAUUCCAUCACCAAUGUUUUUCAUCUUCAACCUUUUGUCAAAAGUUAUUCCUAGCAUGAAUAUCAUGCACAUCAUAUUCCAUCAAAAAGGUUAUUUUCUAUUGCC